AUGGUGAACACUGUUCAAGGUGAAGGAGAACAGGUCGGCGAGUACCGCGAGCAGGAUCGUUACCUACCCAUCGCCAACGUCUCGCGCAUCAUGAAGAACGCGGUCCCGCCCACGGCGAAGAUAUCGAAGGACGCGAAGGAGUGCGUGCAGGAGUGCGUGUCCGAGUUCAUCUCCUUCAUCACGUCCGAGGCGGGCGAGAAGUGCGCGAUGGAGAAGCGGAAGACGAUCGGCGGGGAGGACAUCCUCUACGCGAUGAUCAACCUCGGGUUCGAGAAUUACGCGGAGGUGUUGAAGAUCCAUCUGGCCAAGCUGCGGCAGCAUCAUCAAGCUGGAACCACUGCUGGAGGAACUACGCGCACAGCUGGCCAAGAGGAGUAG